UGUAAAAUCACAGUCAAACUUUUGGAAGAUCUCUGGUGAUUAUUACAGAACAAGAACUUAACAAACCCCCGCACAAAAAAGAAAGGGGUGCUGGAGGACUAUCCAUAAAGAGGGGGCCGUGGAGAACCCCCCCGGACAUCUACCCUCCAUACACAGGUUUCAUCAACAAUCGUUUACCUGGCCUCCAAGACCUGUCGGUCUGGAAAAUAUGGAUUGGGGAGAAGUUCAUAGACCUGCACCAGGAAUCCCGACAUCUAACGGAUAUAUAGUGAACGUCUCAGCGGUACCAGGGCCACCCAGGAAGUCUCAUCCUUAUUCUGGACAUGAGGGUCUGACAAGACUUAAGAAAUGUAGCUGAGUGAAGUCGGCGGUCGACAAGAGAACUGGAAAGCCAGCGGGGGUCAGCACGCGUCUCCGCUCCGCAGAAUGUAUCUCCGUAUUCUUCUGCUGGCUUUUCUGACUGGACGCUGCACCUCAGAAGUUAUACCUGCCAUAUGUCGGUAUGCUCUGGGCAUGCAUGACCGAACGAUACGUGAUGAGGACAUCACUGCUUCUAGCCAAUGGUAUCAGUCAACGGGGCCCCAGUUUGCAAGACUACAAAGAGAAGAAGGUGACGGAGCCUGGUGCCCGGCGGGGCUCCUGCAGCCUGAGGACGUGCAGUACUUACAGAUACAUCUACACAAACUCUUCUUCAUCACCUUGAUUGGAACUCAAGGUCGUCAUGCCCGAGCUACGGGGAAGGAGUUCGCCAGAUCUUACCGGGUGGACUACAGCCGCAACGGAGAGCGGUGGCUUUCAUGGAAGGACCACCAAGGGCAACAGGUUAUUAAAGGCAAUAUAGAUGAGUUUGACGUGGUCCUGACCGACCUGAGACCUCCAAUUAUUGCAAGUCAUAUCCGAGUCAUCCCCGUCACUAAGGUCCCCAUGACGGUGUGUAUGAGAGUGGAGCUGUACGGCUGUGCAUGGCUAGAUGGUCUGAAAUCCUACAGCAUUCCAGAAGGAGAGACCUUUAUGGCUCCCGGACAUCCCGUCGCAUACCUGAAUGACUCCACCUAUGACGGCUACCUAGAGAAGAGGAGGCUGUUUGAUGGUUUGGGUCAACUGACAGAUGGAGUGCUUGGAUUGGACGACUUUACUCAGAGCCACCAGUAUCGUGUUUGGCCUGGUUACGAUUACGUUGGCUGGAAAAAUGAAAGCACACGCGACGGUUAUGUGGAGAUAGAGUUCCAGUUUGAUGGACCCAGAAACUUUACAUUUAUGAAGGUCCACUGUAAUAAUAUGUUCACCAAGGGGGUGAAGAUUUUCCAGAGGGCCGAGUGCUUCUUUAAAUCUCGACAACAGUCUGACUGGGAGCCGGACUCAGUGGGGGUGGUGACUGUUCUAGAUGACAAGAACCCCAGUUCUAGAUUUGUCAUGAUCCCUUUACAACAGAGAGUCGGGAGCUUUAUCCUCUGCAAGUUCUACUUUGCGGACACGUGGAUGAUGUUCAGUGAAAUCUCCUUCCAGUCAAACAUGCAUUUUGAAGUGCCUGCCAUUGUUACGCUUCCUCCAACUACUGUCAAGGCUGCUACCACUGAGAUCCCUAUGCUGAACGCUACUGAGAGGAACUCUGAAACUACUUUCCCAUUCACCAUCAGCAGACCACUGGACAAACCGAACGAGCCAAAAACCUCUGUUCUGAUUGGCUGUUUGGUGGCCAUAAUCCUUCUACUGCUCAUUAUCAUAGUCCUAAUCCUGUGGAAACAAUAUAUACAAAAGAGACUAGAGAAGGCUCCACGUCGAAUCUUGGAAGAAGACGCCACUGUACGAUUGUCCUUCUACAGUUAUACUAUUGGCAACAACCAGACACAGAUCCAUCAGUCCAACCCCACUUAUGAGAGAAUCUUCCCUCUUGAUCUUGACUAUCAACAGCCAACCAAACCACUACGCAAACUACCUGAACUGUCCCAGAGUGCCGAGGAUUCAGUCUGCAGUGGUGACUAUGCAGAACCUGAUCUGACCAAGUCCACCCCACAUCAAGGCUUCCAGAACAGUGUCCCUCAUUAUGCAGAAACUGACAUCGUUAACCUUCAGGGAGUGACCGGGAAUAAUAUGUACGCUGUGCCAGCCCUUACUGUGGACUCACUCACGAAGAAGGACAUCAGCGUAGGAGAGUUUCCACGCAACCAACUACGGCUCAAGGAAAAACUGGGAGAAGGACAGUUUGGAGAGGUUCAUCUGUGUGAGGUGGAAGGGCUUCAAGACUUCCUGGAGAUGUCCUCAAGUGACUGCAGCAACCAACCAGUUCUAGUGGCGGUGAAGAUGCUGAGAGCCAACGUCACCAAAACCGCCAGAAAUGAUUUUCUGAAAGAGAUAAAGAUCAUCUCCAGGCUCAAGCACCCGAAUAUCAUCCGCCUGCUGGGCGUCUGCGUCCGGGACGACCCCCUCUGUAUGAUAACGGAAUACAUGGAGAAUGGAGAUCUUAACCAGUUCCUGUCCCAGAGGGAGAUCCGCAGCCAGUUCACCACUGCCAAUAAUAUUCCGUCUGUAAGCCUCCACAACCUCCUGUACAUGAGCACGCAGAUCGCUGCCGGAAUGAAGUACUUGGCCUCCCUGAACUUUGUACACAGAGAUUUGGCCACGAGAAACUGCCUGGUGGGGAACAGUCACACGAUUAAGAUAGCAGAUUUCGGAAUGAGCCGGAAUUUAUACAGCGGAGAUUAUUACCGUAUCCAGGGGCGCGCGGUGCUGCCGAUCCGGUGGAUGGCCUGGGAGAGUAUCCUAUUAGGAAAGUUCACCACUUCCAGUGACGUGUGGGCGUUCGGGAUCACCUUAUGGGAGAUCUUCACCCUCUGUAAGGAGCAACCGUACAGCGUCCUGUCAGAUGAGCAGGUGAUCGAAAAUACUGGGGAGUUCUUCAGGGACCAAGGACGUCAGAUCUAUCUCUCUCAGACACCUCUCUGCCCAAGUCCUAUCUUCGACCUGAUGAUGAAAUGCUGGAGCAGAGACAUCAAAGAUCGACCCACGUUUGAGACCAUCCACCAAUUCCUGAUAGAACAACUGGACUCCAUUGUGUAAUCUGUGUACAAGGAACACUCCGAGAAACACUUGACCCUGAAGAGGCAAGCUCUUGUCGUAACCGACUCAUCUGGAGCUAUACUGGACGUGGCCUUUAGUUAUCUAGAUGUAGAUUGUAGAAGGACCAAGAGAUAAUGUUAUCCUGAGGCGCUGGUAGACUUCCUGGGACCCCACCGGAACCCUCAGUCUCUAAAAAAGUUCCAAGCCCCUUGAGAUGUCAAGACAAUUGACUCCAGAGGGGGUAGAAGAUGUAACAUUGCACUUCCCCAGAAGGGGAGAAACCAGCUGGGAUUGAGGACUGGAAAUAAGAUGUGAGAAGUAGGACAGUUUCCCACUGAAAAAAGUACCACUACAUUCUGUGUGUAUAUAUCUAUAUAUAUAUGUGUAUGGGGUGUGUGUCCAUCUAUUGGGUGAUCAUAUUGCCAUGACACAGAUCCAAAACCUUGCUAUCUUGAGGUGGAAGUAGUUUAGAGACUAAUUGAACAAAGAGGUUUUGUGUGAUGGGACCAACUAAGGCAGUUGAGUUUUGGAAGCCACCUUAGAUGCCACCACCCAAAAGAUAUAUGGUGCGUUUGGGAGUGCUCCGUCUGCUCUAGAUGCCAUGUCCCCACUUUUUAGGGAUUUUUUUAAAUGAAUGUAAAUAUAGAAAGAUAAAUUUAUAAAUAUAGUCACAUGACAGGACUUGUUUGACUGUCUUCGAUGUUGAUGUUCAGUUUAUGGCUCAUCUAACCAUUCCCUAGACUAAUCCUUGUAUGUUUUGCCUACCCCCUCAUUUUAACUCACCCUUGAGCUCUCCUUAUUCAUUUGGAUUUGUAAUAUGUAUUGCUACCUAUGUCAGUGGACAACUAAGCAGUGAGGGUCUUGAGACCAGUUCAAGAAGAAGCAGAGAUGGUGGUGGCACAACCCUCUCCGUUGGGGAAGAGAAUGUCCCUUUUCAUGGCUAUAGUGUGACACUUUUGUCCUUAUGGACUGAAUGUGUUGUAAUUGUACAGAUCUGGUUAUAAAUUCAUUCAAGGCUAUAUGUACCAUAGUAGAAACUAAUGGAGAGAGGGCCUAAACUCAGAUUGACCCCAUUGACUGUCCUAAUGGGUAUUGUAAGACUGCAGAUGUCUUCUCCUAUUCAUAAAAUGGGUGAGGAGGAAUUAUCUUGACGUUCAUGCUGCCCUCCUCUUUUGACUUGAGGCCUAAAGCUUAGAUGGCCCUGUUUUCCAAACUGAGGUCUCUCAAAUCCCAAAAUUUCUAUUCGGAGCAGCCAUUCCAGUCAGUCUGUAGGUAAUUACAUCCCCUUGUAACCAGCCUGGGUGGUACUAACGUGCACUUAGCAGACUGCUGAUGAAGCCAAUAUCGGAUUUUUGGCUGUAUGUCAAUGCGUUUCUUAAACAGUCGUGACAAUUUUUGUAAAAAAUGUAGCUUAGUCCUUUCUUUGUUUGGUUUUGUGAAACAUUGUACGGGAUAGAUAUGCGACAGACUGCAAAAUUUGUGUUUUAACUGAGCAGGUGGGAUGGCUGGGUAUAGAGUUUUCUGUGGGUCGAUCAGUUAUUACAUUUUUUUAUAAUUCCAUCAUUUUUGUAAUUAUUAUAACUCCACUAAUUAAAAUUGUAUCUUGCUCUCAGAUUUAAAUCCUCCCCUACCAAUGUGACCUAAAAUGGCUCUUCUCAUGCAUUGCUCAGCAGGGGGGAGACAAAGAGCAACAGGAGAAAGAUCCUCCCAGGUCAAUGAGAAUAUGAAAUCUGUGCUAUAGUUUUUGUACUAUUUAAGUUGGAAAGUUUUUACUCUUCCAUUGAUGCCAAUAUCGAUAUUAACUGGAACUUCUUUUUAAAUCACUUUGGUUGUAACUGUUGCUUUGCCUGUCAUGAUCUGAUUCUUGGUUGACCAACCAGGUUGAAGAACUUGGAUUGAAAUCUCUCUAAUAGCCAUAGCAGAGGGCCCCCGGUGUGGCCCAUCCAUGGCCGGUCACUUACUUCAGUGGCCGACAUGGAAUAAUCCUUGUAGGGCCAGGGGAUUCCAGAAGCCAGUCUCGAGACAGCACCUACAGUUGAGUGAAUGGUCUAAUGGAUGACCUGUUUGGAACCAUAGAGCCUUUCAAUCAUGUGUCAAUUGGUAUUUCCACUCCAUACCAUACCCAUGACCUAUCUGUGUAGUAGAAAGAUGAUGGGAUUUCCAACCCAAAAGGUCACAGAUGGUAUGGUUACCAUCUUCCAACCUUUACUAAGACAUGCCCAUUUGACUAUGGUGGUGAUACUGGCUCAAGAGACCAUCAGGUGCCAUAUUAUAUCUUCUUUAUGGGAGUUUUUAAAGGUCAAGUUGAAGCAUCACCAUGUCGGUCAAUACAAGUGAAGAACAUCUCCCUAUUGAAAUCUGGGCUUGUCUAGCAAAGUAAUCCUAAGUGUGGUCUGGGUAAGCUCUGCAUCAAUUAACCUUUAUCCCUCCCUGAACUAUUGCAUUCAUGUGCAAACAAGAACAUCUUGGCAACCAAUCCCAUUAUAAUCCCACAAUAGCUGGGAUGGUUAAAUUUCUGCAUUUUUGGGAUUGUACAUGGGAUCGUACAUCGUAGCCCUGGCAAUGAUCCAGGUGAAUCUGUAAAAUGGGCACAUGGCAAUAUGCAUCAGACGUAAGUAUGUGUAGACGUACGUUUUAACGUCUAUUUGGAGGACUUUCCAUUUGGAGAUUUAGAGGGUUGGACAUUGUCCCAAAAAUGUGGUACCGCCUGUUUGAUCAUGAGUAAUGAGGUCUGUUAAUGAACCGGUUUGUUACAUUGUUUCUUAGCCACAAGUUAAGCUCUGACUGGCCCUAGUUCACGGUCGGGUUCACUCAUACACACAUAUGCACACCCUCGUAAAUCUGGAUAUAUCUGUGGAUCUCCAUCAAAGACCAGAAGGUACCAUAGACGACUAUACCACUAAGCACUAUGGAAUGGAUGGCGCAACAUGGCUUGUGGAGGCUGAAAGCAACUUGUGGCUGGCUUAGCUUGAAGCUUCUGGGCUCUAAUGCAAAAUCUGUAACAAGGGCCCCACCUACCAUAUGCCAUUUAUAAUACUGGUGUAUCCUUAUGUGGCAUAAGGGCAUAUAACUCCCUCAACCAACAGGGCAUAUGUGUACCCCCAUAGCUAGGCCUCUGGUACUACUACAAAAACACCAACCCAAAGUAAUAUUGCGCUGAGGCUCGGCAUUGCCACCAUACUGAGGGACGUCAGAAUAUUGGUUUACAAUAAAUGGUUAAAGGGCAACCAAGAAGGGAAGUUGUCAGACUUGGAUGGAUGGUCAAUGGCAGAGGUACCCUGGACCACCAACAGCAGGUGUCUUUAGUCACACAUCCCUAAGAAUAGAGCAAUUUGCUAUGUGGCCACUGCACGUUUGGUUAUAUCUCAUUUGCACUAUAGGAUCUAUGGUGUACAGGAAUAUUCCAUAGAAUGAACCAGAGAUGGUUGUCACAUUGGAUAAGCGGAUGCCAGAUGCAUCUAGUGCUACUUAUCUCUGGGGUAAACCAAAGAAAACCCCAUACAGUGGGACCCUUGUCACCAGUGGCCUUAGAUGGUUGAUGGUUCCUGCUGAAAAUGGUGGACUCCACCAACAUCUUGUUUAUGGCCAUGAUUAGUCUAGAACUAGAUCUAGAAUGAGUGAGACCUGGUACCAAUACGUUCCUAGCAUCUCCCUCCAUCAAUAAUACACCCCAAAUAUUUUCCCAACUUUACCUUGAGUUUCUUAGAACCACAGUUUUAUUCUGGCCACCUAUGCUUCUUGGGUCACAAGAAUCAAGACAUCAUAUGUGGAGCAUGGAGUCCAUCGGACACAAGACUGGAUGUCCGUUGGGUCUCUUUGAUCUUGAAUUGCCUGGUCCUCAAUGAGUUCUAGCUUUCAUAGAGCUGCGUUUACAGUAGUGUUAAUAGGAGAGGUUAGGGGUUCAGAGAAGCAUUUCCGAGCAUUCUGACUUAGUUCUUCCUUGUAGGAUAUAUAUAUAUCUUGACACAUGAGGCACUGAGCAUCUCAAAGAGAGAUCACUUGCCUUACUGGAUUCUGCAAGCCAAAACUGAUGAUCAUGGUGGCUAAGUGUUUAAGAUGGUGGUGGGUAAUCAAAGUCUCAUCGCCUCUCUUCCCUAAAUGCUUUAUCUCUCUGGUUUUGCUUCUUGUGUCUUUUCACAUUUUUUUGUAUAUUGAACGCCUAAUUUUUUUUUCUCCCACACUGGAUUUUAUUUGUUAUUGUCUUACACAUGAAUGUUAUAAUGAGGAGCAAUGUUAUGACCUAGAACAUGGGGUGGGGGAAGGGUGCGGGGAUAGUAGAGGGUCUGUGUCAUUUUUUUUUAAAUACUGUACUACUGUCACUCCUGUAGAUAAUGAAUCUAUAUGUAUCUGUAGCCAGACUGGACUGAAGUGCAAUGAAAUCUGUAUUGCCGAAUAAAUGAGCCUGAUCUGUGGACAAUCUUGUAUGGUCUUU